AUGGGAAGGAGAAUCCCUUCAACUAAUGAUCGUUAUAAUCUUGAAUCCACACAUCCAGUUUUUUCUGUGUCUCUCUUCAUUGCAGGGAUGGCUGCCGUGAUCGCCAUUUCCACGACCCUGUGCGGGUAUGGCGUCGAGAGAAAAUUGGAAUCCAAAUCGUCAUCGAUGUCACCCAGUUCGACAAAAGUAGCGGAAGAUGAAAAUUCGGAAACGUCAGAAGGGGGUGGAAAGCAAGAAAAAUGUAGAGAUUUAGACGAAGAAGGGAGCUCCCAUGGGAGCGCAUUGCCUUUACCGCCAUCGAAGCAACUGAGGGCGACGUACUCGUGCAACAACUUCGUGGCAACAACGUCCAUUUCCAGGAAGAAUCUGACGAAAGCGAUGAGCAUGAAUCUUAAGAGGAGUGUGUCGGAGGCGAAGAAGCAGGAUCGAGAGGAGAGGAAGAUCAAGAGGGAGAAGAUGAGGAACGAGGAUUCGGUGUGGAUGAAGACCAUUAUAUUAGGGGAGAAAUGCAAGGUUCCGGAUCAAGAAGACGACAUGGAUGUCAUCUUUGACGGGAAAGGGAGGAAAGUUUCGGCUUAUCACCCCAGGACAAUGAGCUCCUAUGGCUUGUCCAGAACCAAUUCCUCCAUUGAUCACACUGCGAUUCCUUCAUCUUCACACUCAUUGGAUGGAGGAGACCAUCAUCAACGUAAAGUAAGCAAUGGGAAUAAUAUUGGGAAAAGGGAAGGAGGAGAAUUCUCAUUAUCAUCAUGA